AAGAGAAGCACUCACGCGCUUUCCUGAAAUCGAACGGGGUGAAGACGUUUUGUGCAUGGUGGGUUAUUUUCCAUGACCAUUUGCAGAAACCAAGAAGAGCAAAGGCCCCCAAAUUUUCUUGUGUUAGUUUUUUCUUUAAUGGUUGUGUGUCAUUUGCGUAUUAAUAAGAGAAGACACGACGAAGCUAACAAGUGGACUUUGUUGCAUCAAUGUCAUUAAUCUCAUCAUCUCAUCGCACAUAAAGCUAAUCUGGCUGCCUUAACACCAUCUUCGUGAAUCUCGCCCACACACGGCCCACCCUCUCCCUCUCCCUCUCUCUCUUUCUCUCUCUCUCUCUCUCUCUCUCUCUCUCUCUCUGUGUACCGCAGUUUGGUGUGGUGUGGUGUGGGUUGGUGGUGGUUUUCUCGGAAAUGGAUGUCUUGGGCAAAGCCAGAUCAGUUUUAGCAUUGACAGGAGCAGUGAUUAACAAAGUUCUGAGCUUCAUUGUCUUCUCAAUUGUAGACAUUCUUGAUUUCCUACUGUGUUACGUUUACAAAAUGGCUGAUUUCUUGAUCGAAGCCGAAUGGAGGCCGUGUUACUGCUCUUCAGCAAAAGAAGCCAUCACGAGCAGUGGCAAGAUCUUGGUCUCCGAACCAGGUGAGUCUAAGAUCGUUCGUCUCACUUCUACUAAAUUGCAGCUUGAAGAGAUCUCCGACACCCUCUACACUCGUUCUUCCGUGGUGUCCGAGGCCUCCAAAUCUACUGUGGACGAGCUCAAACGGAUCAAGCUGGACGGCACCAUUAUACAAUCGUGGCCGUCCUCCGAGAAGAUCAGGAGAAGAGGAGGAGGAGGGCCAGUCCGAUCCACCUUCGGCAUUAAUUCCACCAUCGUUGAAAUGCUACGAGGCAAGAUCGGAGGGCAGCAAUCCCAUCCCAUCCCAAGAUGGUCCGAUUGCGAUUGCAAAACUUGCACUUCUUGGACCUCUUCUUCCAAAGAAACUCUUUUUGUCCGAGCUGAUGGAGCCAGAGACAACAUGAAAGAAGAUGUGCUGUUCAUUCAUGGGUUCAUCUCAUCAUCUGCAUUUUGGACGGAGACAUUGUUUCCGAAUUUCUCCGAGUCAGCAAAAUCAAUGUACAGGCUGCUCGCAAUUGAUCUACUUGGGUUUGGAAGAAGUCCCAAGCCAACUGACUCCCUUUACACACUGAGGGAGCAUUUGGACAUGAUCGAACGCUCCGUUAUUGAGCCUUACAAAGUUCAGUCAUUUCACAUUGUGGCUCAUUCCUUAGGUUGCAUUUUGGCCCUUGCUCUCGCCGUUAAACACCCUGCCUCCGUCAAGUCCUUAACCCUGCUUGCACCUCCAUAUUUUCCAAUACCAAAGGGGGAACAAGGCACACAGUAUUUGAUGAGAAAAUUGGCGCCGAGGAGAGUGUGGCCACCGAUUGCGUUCGGAUCGUCAAUAGCAUGCUGGUAUGAGCACGUCAGCCGGACAGUUUGCCUACUCAUUUGCAAACAGCACCGCUUGUGGGACUUUCUCACCAAACUUAUCACCAGAAACAGGAUCAAGACCUUUUUGAUCGAAGGGUUCUGUUGCCACACCCAUAACGCUGCAUGGCACACCCUACACAACAUCAUAUGUGGGACUGCUGGAAAAAUUGAUGAAUAUUUGGACAUUGUCCGAAAUCGUCUCAAAUGCCAUGUCACCAUAUUCCAUGGUAGAGAUGACGAGCUCAUCCCCGUGGAAUGUAGCUACCAUGUCCAGUCCAGAAUUCCUCGUGCCCGUGUGAAGGUGGUUGACAACAAAGACCACAUCACCCUUGUAGUUGGAAGUCAUCAGAAGGCCUUUGCAAGAGAACUUGAGCAAAUUUGGAAGGCUUCUUCAAUGUGUGAUUAAGUAGUCUCUCUUCUCCCCAAUUAUUAUAUUAUAUAUAUUGGCCUACUCAAAUCUCAAGUACUAGAUAGAGGAUGUGAAGCACCGCAUCACCUUUAAAUUCCAAUCCAAACCCCAUAAAAGUCAUAGAUAAAGAUGGUCUGGAGUUGGCAAAGUUUUAGUUUCUUUCCCUUCUCUUUAAUUUCUUCUUCAUCAAGUGUGAAUCUUUAGUUAGGCCUUGUCAAAUACUUACCCAUUAUUGUUGGGGUGUGAAUGCUGCAUUUUAUAUCGUGUUAAUUAUUUUGCUAUGCAAUAAAAAUGGCAAAAUAGAAAGGAGAAAAAAAAGAAAGAGAGAAAACCUUAAAAUAUCAAUUUUAUUAUACAAUAGCUACUUCAAAUUGCAUAUUUGUUAUGAGUAACGUUUGCUUAUUUUGAGUGGGAAAUUUUAAUGUGCACGCCCUUGAGUUGACAAGGUGUA